ACGGUACAAAAGUAAUUAUUAAAAAUAAUAAUAAUUUAUUUAUUAUUUAUUAAUAUUUUUUUUGGACUUGGUUUUGAGAGUGAUUUUUUAAGUGUUAACUGGUGCGUGAAUUUGUUUUAUUUAGUUAUUUGGGUGAAAAAAAAAAUAUUUUCGAAAAUGGCGCCCUCUGUGAGCGUCGCAGAGUACUAUGCAGGGAAAACGCUCUUCAUCACCGGAGCCACGGGUUUUAUGGGCAAAGUCAUGGUGGAGAAGAUGCUGAGAAGCUGCCCAGAUGUGAAGAAGAUGUACUUGCUCAUGAGGCCGAAGAAAGGACACUCCAGUAAGGAGCGAUUGGACGACUUGCUGAGUUUUAAGAUCUUCGAUCGGCUAAAAGCAGAAAACCCGAAAAUCUUCGACAAACUCCAUGUGAUACCCGGAGACAUUCUUUCUGAAGACCUGGGCAUUUCUGACGAGGAUCGGUGCCUGAUACAGAGUGAGGCGCAGGUUAUAUUCCACUGCGCUGCUUGUGUCAGAUUCGACAUGUUCCUCCGCGAUGCUGUGAAGAUGAACACCGUCGGAACCAAGAAGGUCUUGCAGCUGGCUGAGGGAGUCAAGAAUUUGGAGGCGUUCAUCCACGUGUCCACCUCAUACUGCCGCUGCGAGUUACCCGAGCUAGAAGAGAAGCUGUACCCCUCGAAGCACAGGCCUGAACACGUGAUGCACUGCGUCAGCUGGAUGGACGAUGACCUUCUCACGCAUUUGCAGCCCAAGAUAAUCGAGCCCCAGCCGAAUACAUAUGCGUACACCAAGUCUCUCACAGAAGACCUGGUAUCACAGUACGAGGGGAAGUUCCCCAUUGCCAUCGCACGGCCAUCUAUCGUGGCCGCAGCGUAUAAGGAACCCUUGCCAGGAUGGGUGGAUAAUCUCAACGGACCAACGGGGCUACUAGUCGGUGCUGGAAAAGGCGUGAUCCGCACGAUGCACUGCAACGACAGCUAUACAGCGGACGUGGUGCCGGUCGAUGUCACCGUCAACGCCUGCAUCAUACUGGGCUAUCUUACAGGACUUGAGCAGCCUAAACAGAUUAAUGUUGUGAACGUCACUCAGUCAGAAAUCAACCCCAUUACAUGGGGACAAGCGCUAGAUAUGGGUCGUGUCCACGUGCAAGAGUUCCCCUUCACAGUGUGCCUGUGGUACCCGGGCGGCUCACCCAAGAGCUCCCGUCUGGCUCACCAGCUCGCGUUGUUCUUCACUCACCUGUUACCCGCUUACCUGGUCGAUAUGCUGAUGUUUUUGAUGGGGAAGAAGACUUUCAUGAUAAAAAUCCAGAAACGCAUUAACUACGGUCUCGAAGUCCUGCAGUACUACACCACGAAGGAAUGGUUCUUCAGGAAUGACAAUUUCGUGGCUCUGCAGCAUCGGAUAUCUAAGAGCGAUAACGAGACUUUCUAUACGGAUAUGAAGGACAUGGACUGGAGCGGCUAUAUCCGCAACUACAUCCGUGGAGCACGAGAGUAUUGCUGCAAGGAGGAUCCUGCCACCCUGCCCGCUGCACGAAGACUGCAGACACAAUUAUACUACUUAGAUAAGGCAGUCCAGAUCAUGGUUGGGCUACUAGUAUCAUAUUUCAUCUAUUACUAUUUUAACAUGCUCUAUUCUGUGAUAAGCUCAUAAUUAGCUAAUUUAAUUAACAGUACCAACACACGGCAAACUUUUAGUCGGCCGAUAGUUUGUUUGGGCAGUAAUCAGCAUAAAUCAGUAUGAAGAUGAAUGGUAGUACGCACAUUACAAAGAUCAGGUAUUUAGCCGGUAUCGGACCGACUGAGAACUUUGAUUGGAGUCAAGAUUUUCUUCAAAAAUGUUUGCCAACUAUCGGCCGACUGUUUUGUCUGCAGUGUGUGGUUAUUUUAAUACUUGGUUAUUAUUGUGAUUUAAUGAGUAUCAAAUAUUAUUAUAGAGGCUAUUUCUGCCUCAAAAAUAAUCCCAUUCGAGUCAUACAUUACUUACUUAGUUAAAGUUAUUUCUUAUAAACAUUAUGAAUAGUAGUAAUGUUGGUGAUUCUAUGAGAGAAUUGUGUCCAUGUGUGUAGACAGCCUUAUUUUAUGUGCUCUUCUUAUAUUCUAACAACAAAUAAAAUACUUUAACUUUACUUUAAUACUUACAAAGGAGAUUAUUCUGUUCUUUUUUUAAUUAUGUUGACAAGCAAUUUCCAAAUAUUGAUAAAUAGGCAGUAUAUAAUAAUACUUGUUUUAGGAGUUAACCACCGCUACAAAGAAUUCCAUGAUAGUUUUUUUACUAGAAAGAAAAAUAAAACAUUUUUGUUAUCUAAGUAAAAUAACAAAGAGGAAAAAUGUUUUGUUUGUUUGUACCCCAAAGGCUCCGAAACCACUAAAUCGAUUUAAAAAAUUCUUUCACUGUUGGAAAGCGACACUCUUCCCGAGUAACAUAGGCUAUAUUUUAUCUCGGUACGGGCAGUAGUUCCCACUGGACGCGAAUAAAACCGCGGGAAUUCGGCAAGUAAAAUUUCUACAAUAUUUUGUUUUAUAAUAAAGGAACAUUAAUAUACCAAAGACAGAGUGUAAAAUGUUUCUUAACCACCUAGAAAACAUAGUUUUUAGUCCAUUUUGUAAUUUACCUAAUAAUACUCAUAGUUUUGUACUAAUUUUAAAAAAUAAAUUCAUUUACGUAACAAUUUGACCUACUGUCAAUAAAUGUGUAUUUCUCUAAUGUCAAUUUUCAAAAGAAUAUGUACAGUCAACGUCAGGUCAGUGGUAACAGUUUUAUAGGAAAAUCGUACUUACUACUAUUGAGUUAAGGUGCAUGACAGUUACCACUGAUGUGCAGUCUACCGUACAGAAAGCACGUCAACGUAUCUCAAUAAUUUGUCAAAUGUCUUCAAUAGAUUUUCAACCUUAUCACAAUAGUGUAAGAUUAAUGUUCGAUUAGUAGGGUAGGUUGAUCUGCUUUCUGUAUCUUUUUUAUUUCUUCUUGCCCUAUAAAUUUAAAAAUGAAUGAAUUAUUAAGUAAAAUUAACCUAUAAUUAAAGGACCUAUCCGUUGUGUCUUUUUUUUGUUAAAACAUUGUUUUUCUUGCGUAACUGUUGCUCAACUAAAUAGUUGCAGUGUAUGAAAUUGUCCUUAGUAUUUAAUUGUUUACCUCAUGUAUAAAUUGUAAUAAAUAAUGUUAACACAAAUUAUAAUAAAUUAAAUUAGAUAA